AUGGAGUUAUUUAAACCACCAAUAAAUAAUGAUACAUUAAUGACAACAGUCAGUACUAAUUUACUAAAUACUAAGCAUAUAAUUAAUAAUAAUGAUUUUUAUAGUUUUACAAGCACUCAUAAAAAUUUUGUGAAUGAAUAUCUAGUCAAUACAAGUAUAAAAGUAAUUCGUACACUUCGUUCAACUAUAGAGUCUAAUGAACAAUCAAUAAAUUGGACAGUAUUAUGUUUAACUGGUACAUUGAUUAUUUUAACAUGGUUAGCUAAUUGUAUCCUACUUGGUGGAGCAUUACAAACAGCUGGAAGUGGAAAAAAUGUUCCAGUUGCUUAUUUUUUUAUUGGUUCACAAGCAAUUGCUGCUCUGUUACAUGUGACAUUGAAUUUACCACCAUCUAUAGUGAAUAUGUUAUUCGGCACUUCUCAAGUUCAUUCAUACACUUUUUUUUUAGAUGCUUAUUUAAGAUUAAGAAAUCCUUUAUUUUAUUUAUCUUCUGCGCGUAGAAGACCAGCAUUAUGGUUAAAAAUUGGUUCACCUUGGUUAAUGGCUAGUUUACAAGCUAUUGGUCAAUUAGCAUUAAGUGAUCGACAUCAGGUAAGAUUAUAUACAACAAUAUCAAAAAAUAGAAUUUCAAAUGAUCAACAAUAUUCAAUGAUUCAAUUGAAUUCUAGACAAAAAUUAACAGAUUUCAAUUUGAAUACAUCAUGUUUAUUACAAGAUCCAAAUUUUUUAAUUAUACGCACAGUGAUUGCAUAUGCAUUACCAUUGUUCACAUGUUUAAUAUUAGUUAUAUUACAGUUAAAUGGUUUACGUCGAUUACGUUAUCAUUCACCUGAAAUGCUUAACGCUUUAUUAAAUGUACGUAAAACGAAUAUUAAUGAAUAUGAUCAAUUGAUAUAUGUACAAGAUAAUUUAAUCCCUUCACAAGAAUUUGUCAAUUUUAAUAGACAAAAUAUGCUAAAUACGCAUAAUUCAGAAGUAAUCUGGAGACAAAGAAAUAAUAAUUUGUUGAAUAACACAAAUUCAUCUUUAACUACAAUUGGUACAACGCAUUUAUUAACAAAUAAUCCUAAUAGACGAUUGUCAAUAAUGACAAAUUCUUAUCAUUUUGAUCCUACACAAACAAAUGAAACAUUAAUUCCACAAAGUGAUACUUCUAUAGAUCGAAUACACUUAACAAGAUCUUUAUUAUCACCUAUUAUUUUACCAAUAGCUAGUGUCAAUAAUCUACAGUCAUUUACAACAACAACAACAACAUCAAUUCCAAUGUUUAAAUGUCCUACACAUGAGAAAUCUGAUCAAAUAUUAGGUAAUACAACCUUAGGUUUACAAAAUGAAUCUACGCUUAAAGCAACUGACUGCUCUGAUAAUCAUGAUGCCCAUAUGACAGAAUCGACUUCUACCAAUAACAUAAAUAAUAAUGACCUUACAAUGAAGUCUAAUAUCACUUGGAAUGAACCAACCACAUCAGAUACUAUAUUACUUAACAUUGAUGGUGCACAAGUCAAAUUGUUACCGAUUAGUUAUCAACAAGAAUCAGUCAGUUCUAUUGGAUUAAGUCCCCAGCAAUAUAUGCCAUCAGUAAUAUCAACAACUCUUCUUCCACAACAUUAUCAUUAUACUAAACCUACUACUGAUGAAAUAGGGGUUAUAUCAACUGAUAAACUGCAUAAAUCAAAGUCAGACUAUCAUAUAAAACCUCAAGAUGAAGUUAUUACCUCUAAUCUAUACGAUCAUAUAAUUCGAUCAAAUAGUAUGAAAGUGAAUUAUACCCAACCAGCAUCAACAGGAACAUUGUCUCAUGAGAAUAGUGUACAUAACUUAUCUAAAACGAAUUUAUGGUUAACUGCUUAUCAAGGAGAACAGUUAGUUGUAGCUAUAAAUUUGGUAAGUUGUAUCAUUGCAGUUGGCAUAUGGUCACCGUACAUUUUGGCAACAUUAGCGCAUGGUUUAUGUCAACCGAUUAGUAUAUCAAAAUCAAUGAUUAAUCAAGUUAUGCAUCCAUUGACUACUUCAACAGUGUCAUCAAAUCAAUUCUAUCCUUCGUCUUCUUCUUCAUCUAUUUUGACUGCUAUUGGUACAGGAUUAUCAAAUCAGUUUAUAAGUAAAUGUUGGAUUCAUUUAAGCAUCGAUCGUCUUGCAGAUUUUCGUUGGUGGGCAUAUGCAAGUUCUGGUCUUCUACUACCAUGUUUAUUAUUUUUCCUUGAUUUAGGUUUACGUGAAGGUUGUUGGAAGGCAUUACAGUAUAAAACAAAAUUGAAUUUAGAAACUAAUUUAUCAAAAACAUUUCAACAGAAGAAUAUUCAUAAAUAUACUAAUACUACUAAGAAGAAUACUAAAAGUAAUGAAGAUAAUAGACAUAUUCAAUCAAUCACAAAUAGCAUUAUUAACACUGAUUUAAAUGUUAAAUCAACACAAUCUCAGGAAUAUGAAAUGAUUACACCUAUUUCAUAUAUGCACAAACAAGAUCAUAACAGUUAA